CCCUUACAAACAACAUCAUCACCGCUGUACCUAAAUCAGGAAGCACAGAGACACGUUUCUUUUUCUUUUUCUUUUUUUUUUUAACGGAGACUCUUUGGUGAUUUCAGCAGCGGCGAACCAUAAACGGCAAAAAGGCGUUAUUGUUGAUGUUGAUGACGACCACCGUCGACCACUGUUGAAAGAAGACUGACAGCUGGUUAUAUCCAGUACAAGGCUCAGCUGUGGAUGCAUUUGACACAAGAGACGGUCUCCGUCAACAGCAUGGGCCAGCAUCUCGGAAAGAGGGACUCUCCCACAGGCAGCAAGGCUCCGUCUCCUGAACCUGAAGAACAGCAGACAACAGAAGCAGAACCUGAAUCACAAGAUGAAGUCUUCGGCCUGGGUGAGGCAGAUGCGAACCAGAACAAUGGCUGCAUCUCGGAGAAGCCGGCGGUGACUGACUCCACGGGCGCUGAGGGCCCCCGCCAUCCCUGGACCCCCGCCAGCACAGCUGACCCUGACGCCGCCACACCACGCCCCCACCUGGCCCGCCUCUUCUCCCGAGAUGCCCCGGGCCGAGAGGACAACACCUUCAAAGACCGACCCUCCGAAUCGGACGAGUUGCAGACCAUCCAGGAGCACAGCGGAGCGGCUUCAGAGUGCGGGUCGGAGAGCCCCGAACAGGACCUAGAAUAGGCUAGCUUUUUUUUUGUCCCUCC